AUGCCGACUGCGCACGUUGAGCCCAGCUCUGGAGAGCUUCUCCAAGACAUUGCCGAAUCGCUGCUCAAGGCGCGCAAGAUUGUCGUCAUCACAGGCGCGGGAAUCAGUACAAACUCGGGCAUUCCGGAUUUUCGAUCCGAAAAUGGACUAUACUCGUUGAUUCAAGCACAAUUCGACGCGGCCGCUAAACGAGAGGCGCCGAGGUUCGACACAGAGACGCGGCAUGGCACGAACGAGGAAGAAGGGGUCGAUGCACGACCGGCAAAGCGCCUAAGAUCUUCUCCUUGUGCUUCGCCAGAAGUUUCGCCGCAAAAUAAAGACAAGGAAGACGAAAACAUAGAGGAAACCGAAUUAUUGCAAGCGCCAGUGAAACAACAGGAGCUUACUGCAGACUCAACCACUGCACCAGAAAGUCCGUCAUUACCAGAAGCGGUAUCAUAUGCUACGCCGCGCUCCGCGCGUCAUCCGCUCUCCAUCCCCCAUCUCACGACCUCCCCGCUGUCCUCACCACCACCCGACGACCAAAUAGUUCCCCCGUCGACGUUUCGGUUUGCCGGCCAUCUCACAAGGUUUGGCGUACCUCCCAGCUCCUCGCCGCUCUCGUCACCGCCACCGGUGCUGUUUGAUCCCUACGAACCCUCUUUACCAGACUCAGAGUCCAACGAGCACAGUAACACGAGUGACUCGGAAUCGGAAGAAUUCUCCGCAGCGCGGAAACUGUUUGCCUCCUCUCAAGGCUCAAGCUCAAGCUCUGGCCGCAGCACGCUGCCCAAUAUGAAGGGCAGAGAUCUGUUCGACGUGUCAGUAUGGGCAGAUCCGGUCCGCACGCAAGUCUUUUAUACAUUUGCCACGUCUUUGCGGCAAAAGAUUAAGGAUGCGGAGCCAACAGGCUCUCAUAGGUUCAUCAGCCAUUUAAGAAACCGUGGCAAGCUGGUCCGCUGCUACACGCAGAAUAUUGACCAAAUCGAAGAAAAAGUUGGCUUGUCAACAUCAUUAAUCGAUGGACCUGGCAGCCGCGGUCGAUUUUCACGUCGGUCUACCGCCAGGGACCAGUUGGCAAAAAUGGUCGAAGAAUCGUCGAGCAAAGAGCUUCCUAGCAGCCAAAAUUCUUCCUCCGACAACUCAGGGUCGGAAACGGCCACGCCACAGACAUCACAGGCUUCAUUACCAGACGCACCAUCGUCACAGACUGACGGCGACGCAUCAUAUGCCGAUAGCAAGAACAACGCGCUCCCCGCACUCAAGAAGGAGCCAUCGCAAUCUGGUGUCGAGUGCGUAUUCUUACAUGGAUCUUUAGAAUCGCUGCGCUGCUUCCUAUGCGGGCAGGUUUGCUCCUGGGACGAGGACCGCGAAACGUCAACCUUGACAGGCCAGCAGCCAGAGUGCCCACGUUGCGCCGGAGCCGCCGCGGCUCGUGAAGAAAAGGGGAAAAGAGCCCUAGGUGUAGGAAAACUGCGCCCGGACAUUGUUCUGUAUGGCGAAGAACACCCUAAUGCACAUCUAAUCAGCCCCAUCAUCACACACGACUUAGCACUCUAUCCUGACAUGCUCCUUAUUCUUGGCACAAGCUUACGAGUACACGGGCUCAAGGUUAUGGUGAGAGAAUUCGCCAAAACAGUCCACAGCAAAGGCGGCAAAGUCGUCUUUGUCAACUUUACGAAGCCACCAGAGAGCUCGUGGGGUGACAUUAUUGACUUUUGGAUCCAAUGGGACUGUGAUGCCUGGGUUGACGAUUUGCACGUUCGUGUUCCGAGGCUCUGGCGUGAUCCAUCACCCAAGAAGCCGCGCCCACCGGCGGCGAAUCCCGUAGCCAUGCGCGAUUCCAAAGUCACAGGUGCUUACUGCACCUUGAAAAUUCUUAAAGAGCUACGCCGCAUUACCGGAAAAGACACCCCGGAAAAGACUGCUGAUCGUGCCACAAACAUGGCCAACUUACCCCCGUUACCAGAUGCCCAGACGACGGAUUCCUCGUCGAUGCCUGCUGUUAAGCUGCCUCGACCAAGAAUAAAGGCUCAACGCAAAUCCGCGCCGGGUGCCCUUGAGAGGCCUAAGAAACGACCUUCUACGCUGAAUCCGAACCACGGUCGCAGCCGUAAGAGCGAUGCGGCCGAGAUGGAUGGGCAGCAGCCGCAGAGUCCGGUAUCGAGCAGCCCUAUUGACAAAAGCUCCAUACUUAAUUCUGUCAAGUCAAACCCCCGCGUCCGCAAACGUAAGAUGAUUGAUGGCGAGGAAAUUGUGUUGCCCACUGUGGGCAGACGCCGCGGCACGCCACGCAGCAAACUCGAUGCGGGCAAUACAUUGCCACCACUGAGACCUGGGCCUACAUCCUCGCCAUUCGGCAAGCCACAACCCAUGGAGCCAAUAAGCUUACCUACCGGACCACUCACAUCCAUAUCCCCGAAUCUUUGGUCGUCCUCUCGUCGCCUAAAUCCAUUCUACAUUUACGAUCCUCUGGUUGGGCUCUUGGAAGAGCCGUCUUCGGCGGCAUGCACACCGCAGCCGAGACAGAUGCGGCUGCGGCGCUCGCAGACGUCGGGACGAGUCCGCAGCUGGGGAAAACCAGGGCCUCACGAGGACUGGAAGGGCAAUUGA